AUGAAGUUCUUCAAAGGUGUGGAUUUUGUGGCUCAGAUCAGCACUCCUGAGGAAACUCUGGCUUUGUUGUUGGAGCUAAAGGAAUGUCUCAUCUGUGGAGCAAAAAAUGCAGAUGGUACAAGUCAGGCCUCCAAACAGAUGACAGCAUGCGACAGAAUCCUACGGGCUUGUAUCCACAGGUUUGGGGAAGGGUUGGACUGCCCUGCUCACUUCAAAAACCUCCAGGACUUAGUCGAGAUGGCCUAUCAUGGUUACGUCGCAGCUAGGCUCCAGUAUGUCCCCCUUUAUUUAGAAAGGUUGCUGUAUCACUUGCUGAGGGCUGUUGCUGCUCAGGGCCCAUCCGAUACCUGCCUGAAGUUUGCUCAUCUCCUUUAUACUGACCUAUUGAAGUACCAGCCUCCCCAGGUGCCUUCCUGUGACUAUGUAUCUAUUGCCAAAAGUGCCUUUAGUUUGCUGUGGAAGAGUACAGAUGCCGUGGGUAAAGCAGACAAGGCUCCUGCAGAGUUCAGAGCUGUGCUCUCCACCCAGCUGCAGGCAGUACGCUUCUUGGUGCUUUUAGAGCCCGACACCCCUACCAAUUUGGUCCAGGAGCCUCCGUUCUUUACCUCCAUGGUAGCCCGGAAUGCGUCUGCUGCAGCUGUUACAUUUGAGGCCCAGCGGAGCCCAUUGAGCGGGGAAGAAGCCUGUUUUCUCAGUGAGGAGUUCUCCCGCCAUCUGGUUGCCGCCCUUUUGGAAAGAAAAGGGGUGAACCAGCCUUUGGCCUUCCAGGACUGCCUCUGUGUCUUUGAGCUCAUGGUCAUCAGGUGUCGUUACCUCUGCAAAAGUGGCUGCUUCAGACAGAGCAAAGAAGUUCUCCAGGAAUCUGCUGGCUACUUGAGAAGGUUCAGUGGCAAGAGCAAUUUGUUCAGUACCACGUUAGGCAUUCUCUCUUCUGGCAUUGAACUGAACCAUUUAUUGGCCUUUGCUGAGAGCUCAGUGGGGGCUUUUUUCACCCAAGUAGCUGAGGCUCUAAACUCAGCUGGCACUCAAGAGCCCCUCCUUAGACUGCUGGCUGAAAGCUGCCAGUUGCUCUUCAUCCCUUUGUACAGACAUGCCACAAAGAGUAAAUGGAGACUCUUUAACUUGCAAGACCUUCUCAGGAUCUCUGACUUCAUGGAAAGUUACUUCAGGCUGCUCAGCAAGCUGCUGCAUGUGGUCCCACCAGAUACUAUGAAACGGCAGCAAGCUCUAACAAAGUUGCUGUAUCACUACUUCCAGUUGUACACAACUGUGGUAUAUGACUCUCUUCAGAUUGUGCAGGGGCCCGAAUCUCCAGGUCUGCCGCAGUUGGUGGUGUGCCUUCAGAGGUUUGUUACCUGGAUGCUGGAUAUGCUAGAAGAUCUUCCUGACAGAGAGCAGGCUGAAUACCUGGAUCUCUCAGCAUACUGUGUGUCCCGGUUGGCCUAUAGCUUCUACUCUCAUAAGAUGUAUGUGGAGUCAAACUCCCUAGUGAAUCUUUUCUGCAGGUGGCUGGGCAAGAAGGACCUCUUCAAAUAUCCAGACUUGCCGACAGAAAAGCUACACAAUUGCUUUAAGCUGCAAGUAGAAAACUACAGGAAGCUUGGCUUGUUAGAGGAGGCUCUCCAGGCCGUGGUACUCUGGCUGGCUUUUUAUCGCAGCAAGAUCACAGAACAGAUGGCAGAGCCAAUCUCCUCCUGGGUCAAUGUCAAAAUGGAUGCCAACAAAAAUGGGGUCGAUGACCUGAGACUAAAGACUCUGAAGGAGGGCCUGGAAGGCUACAGCUUAGAUGCCGAGGUCCUCAUGAAAGUGCUGUGGGAAGAACUGAAGGCCUACAAGGCUGUGCGGGUAGACACCGGCCAAGAGCGCUUCAACGUGAUCUGUGACCUGCUGGACAUCUGUUCGGAAGGCAGCUGUUGGGUUCAUGAGCAGGCUGUGAUCCUGGUGGAGCUGGCACAGGUCCUCUGUUAUCAUGACUACAAUGAGCAGACAGAAUGCUCUGCCCUGGAAUCCGUACGUGAAGCUUUGCGGCUGCUGGACUCUGUGCAGCAGACCCCCCAGAAUGAGGCGCAGCUCCAGGACGACAAGGCCCAAGCUUUCCUCUGGCUCUACAUCUGCACAAUUGAGGACAAACUGCGUGAGAGCAUCAAGCAAGAGCAGAGAACCAGAAACAUCCAGGGGCAAAAAAAUACACGAGCUCUUGAGGGCUUUGAAACCAAUGAUCUGAGCUAUGAGGAUAAGUCCCACGAUGACAAGUUCCUCUAUCUUGGAAUUGCGUUUAACCUGUCUGCAGAUUCUGUCCAGUCAAAGUGUCUGGACGAGGCUCUUGCCUUGUGGAAGCAACUCCUCUCCAAGGAUGGGAUCCCAGCCGUGCGUAGCAUUGAGCAGACAACAGCAUCCCUGCACAUCAUGGCAGCUUUGUACAGAAUGAUGGGAAAGCCACUGCAAGCCAUGGAGAGCUACUUCCUGAUCACAGCUCUCUCCGGCGCACUUCAAGACUCUGUUGGGAAGACCAGCGCUUUGUGCCAAAUUGCCAAGCUACUUCUCCAGCUGGAAUGUCCCAGUUACGCUGAGACCAUCUUAAAGGAGGCUGAAUCCUGCCUGCAACAUGUGGACCAAAAUAAUGACUGCCGCCUGCUGACCAAUCAAACCCUAGCUGUUCUCCAUAGCAAGCUGUGCUUAGCAACCCGCAAGAUUGAAGAAGGCCUUGUCCUACUAGUCGAAACCCUGCAAAACCCAGCAUUGAAAAGGUCCUCGAAGGUCUGGUACCUGCUCCGAGCCAGUGCUCUCCAGUUAACAGCAGCUUACCUUGGUCUACCGCCCUCCAGUCUCCCACUGGCGCUCAGACAAAAGCUCCAUGCUCAAGGAUGGAAGACCCCUGAAAUGGCACUGAGCGAUGCACACAGACUCUACCGCAGCAUCCUCUUGAACUUCUCACUGAUUAGCAGCGAUGCGUCUGCCAAAGAUGUUCCCGAGCAUCAGUUUGUCGAUCAUGGUGAUAACCUGGUGCAGAAGUGGCAGGUGCUGGCUGACAUGUUUGUUUGCUCAGAGAGCUUUGUCUCCCUCCUUGGCAAGAUCGAGAUUGUAAGUGAAGCGAAAGCUUUCUGCCUGGAAACACUCAAAAUCUCCAUGAAGCUGCAGUCAAUUCGAUGGUGUGCUCGCUUUCUGGUCUUAAAGAGUGGCCUGGAACUGCAAUGCAGCAACGUGGAGCUGUGUCGCUCAGACCUUGACCAGGUCCUCUUUCUUCUUGAAUCGGGCACAGUGUUUGAAACGAAAGAGGAAAAAAGCAACGUGAAAAUCAAGCCAAAGAAAGGAGGCCCUAAGGACAAGAAGCCCCGAGGCCUACGCCCAGAGGCUUCCGAAGAAGAACCGCCAUUCUUGAAAGAGUUCUCCCUCGAGUUCGUGGACAUGGUCUCCGUGCAGAAGGAGGCCUCUCUCACCACAUCGCCGGUGCUGAAGCCAAAGCUGAAGAAGCGACCCAGCUUCCUCAGCCACUUGGACAUGUGCUGCUGCUCGCUGUGCUCUGACGUGGUCCUCUCGGCUGUCUGCCUUCGAUGGCUGGUUACCUCUGCCGAGGGGGAGCUGGCCAUCGGGGACAGAGGAGAAGGGCUGCAUCUCCUGGAAUCCAGCCUGCGUCGGUGCUCUGCUGCAGCUCUACGCAUCUCCAGCAUGGUGGCCUGCGUUUCUCAAGGCAAAGGCCAGGAGGCUGUUGUCCCGCAUCAGUCCACAGUUGGGCUCCUUGACGAUCUGGUAGCCCGUAUCUAUGUGAUGCUGGCCAAACAAAGCCUGUGUUCCGGAAGACCAGAGAAGAAGCUCUGGAAACUUCUAGAGACUGGCUUAAACUUCCUUUCUUCCAAAGGGCCUCAGUUGCCUGGACUUGAAUACCAAAGGGCCAGGCUGCUGCUGGCCAAAGCUGUGGCCACCAUCUCUGUCCUGGCCUCCAGUCAAGAUGGCUGUGCAGAAAACAUCUUUUCUAGCGCCUGGUCUUGGAAGUCCCCGUUGUCUCUGCAGGGGAGCCAAGAAAACAUGGAGGAGAAGACGCUCGAUGUGCUUUGUACACUGCCCCUGAAGAACAAGGCACAGAGGCAGGCAGGUGCUGCCUCCAAAGCAAAGUCUAAGAGGAUCCAAGGAACCAAACCCCUGCCUGUGUUAACCCCUAAGGACGUGUUUGCCAUGGCUGACUCCGAUACAGAAGCUCCUCCAUUUGUUCUCCGACCGCCUGUCGAACACCGGACCCCAGCACAGAAAUCCCGUCCGGCCUCCAAGACGGGUCUGUCCUCAGCAGCCAAGGCAAGCCUCGCCCUCAAGGCUCCGUUUGUGGUCCUUGAGGAAUCUUCUCCGAAUGUGAAGACUCAACUUCCAAAGGCUCCCAAAGUGACCAGAAGAAUGAAAUCUCGAAUUAAGGCCUCCUUCAGUGAUGACAGUGACCCUGAAGGUCUUCCAGAAGCUACGCAAGGCUCCCAAUUCCCUGCUGCCCAAGAGCCGGCAACUGCUCCCCGCAGGACAGGCCUUAGGCCAGCUUCUAUCAGAAAGCCGUCAAAGUUGAGUCUGGCUAAAAUGGAGGGGCGCAGCGCUAGCUCUUCAGAUGACUGCUCCCAGGUGGCAAAGGCAAAGCCCCGACACAGAAGGCCGUGUGCCAAAAGAGUUGCUAGGCAAGGAAAACAGCAAGUUCCUUGUAAGGAGAGAACUGGCAAAUCUCAGAAUGAUCUGGGAAAAGAAGAAGAAAACAAGGAGGUUCUGAGGACCAUUGAGGAGGGGUUUGAGGCCAGCUUUGAAGUCUUACGGGUUUCCGAUGAGGAAGAAGCCUUUAAAGGAAGUAGAAAGCAUCCCAAUGCAGAAGACGACCAAGAGGUUCUUCGGCGAGAUGUCAGUGGUGACUUGCAGGAAAUGUUCCUGGCUGCAGAGAAGAGAGGCUCCGAGGACCCUUUCAACUUGCGCACGCUUGCCUCGUCCCUGGACGCGCCUGCCACUAUUGCAGACGUCUUAUCCAUGGACUCUGUCUAUGACUGCCUGCAAGCCGCCUUCCACUCCAUUGCCCACUGCCCUCCGGGUGCCCUCUACAGCCAUCUCUGCCAACUCAUGGCCAUGUGCAUUGGGAGCCAGGAUCCCAUCACUACUGCCUACCUGGUUUCAGAGUCUGUCUCAGUCACUCUUCGUCAUCAGAUAAUGACCGUCAUUCACAAGAAACUCAACAAAAUGAAAAAAGCAUCGGUGGCCAGCACAUCCAAGCAGUUGGAGGCCCUUAGCCUGCAAGAAGGGAAAGCAGAUUCUCGGCUCCAGCACCUCUUGGAGCUUCAGCACCUCUUUGAGUUCAGCUGCCCCAGCCCCACAGAGCUGGUGACGGGGAACUUCAGAGAACAGCUGCAACAAAUCCCUCACGGGGUAACAGUGUGUAUAUUGACCUUGGUGAGCAUCCAGCCAGAAGCUGUUGGGGACAUUCUCUUGCUGACACGGUUGAAGAAAAAUGCUGACCCCGUCACCGUGCAGAUACAGACCGCACACAGCAAGGUGCCCUUAAGCGCAGCGCUCAGUGAGUUUGAUGCCAUCCUGCAAAAACAGAAAGAGAUCUCUAAUUUCACUGAGAAGAAGGAGUGGUGGACCGGCCGGAUUGCCCUGGAUAAGAGAAUGAAGGCUUUAGCCGAGUCCUUGGAGGAGCACGUGCUGGGCUGCUGGAGGGGCGCCCUGCUACCAGCCUGCGAGGACCGAAGCUUGGCCAAGGAGGCCGCCCACCUUUGGACUCAUCUCGGGGCAUGUGGCUGUAAGGAGGUGGAUCUGGCGCUGCUCAAGGCCAUGCUGACUGGGUCACAUCUCUUGACCCCGCAAGACGUGCGGGGUUUGGUGCAGGGGCUCAACCCAGCUCAACCCGAGAGAGCUCUGAACCUGCUGCAGGAGGCAGUGGACAAACUGGGAUCCUGUACUGGUCAGGUGCCAAGUAGCCACUUGGUCCUUGUGCUGGAUAAACACCUGCAGAAGCUCCCCUGGGAAAACAUACCAUGCUUGAGAGAUCAGUCAGUGACCCGGUUACCAUCUCUGCAUUUCCUGCUUAGCUAUUCUCUGACAAAAAAGUAUCGGAAAGAGACGAUCCUCAAUGGUGGUGUCGACAGCAGCAGCACCUUUUAUGUCCUAAACCCCCACACAAACCUUCCCGGGACGGAGAAGGUGUUCAAAGACUGGUUUCAGAGUGAGCCUGGGUGGACAGGAGUGGUGGGAGAGACCCCCAGCGCAGAUCAAGUACCACUGGCCCUUGAAGAACGUGAUCUCUACAUCUACGCUGGGCAUGGUGCAGGCGCCCGUUUCGUGGACUCCAUCCUUAAGGUGGACUGCAGGGCGGUGGCUCUUCUUUUCGGCUGCAGCAGCGCUGCCCUAGCAGUGCAAGGCAACCUGGAGGGAACUGGUGCUGUCCUCAGGUUCAUCAUGGCAGGAUGUCCCCUGGUGCUGGGUAACCUCUGGGAUGUGACUGACCGAGACAUCGAUCGCUACAUGGAGGCACUUCUGAAGAGUUGGCUCAAGGCAGGGUCCAGAGCUCCACUGCUCCAAUAUGUCAUUCAGGCCCGCCAGGCUCCCAGACUCAGAUACAUGAUUGGUGCUGCCCCUAUAGCCUAUGGCUUACCAGUGUCUCUGCAGUAGACAACAUGACAAGAGCAUGACAUCUGGUUUAGGGUGGGAGGGAUUUGACUUGGAUGAUUUUUUCAUGGACUCUGAACUGCCUUUAAUGCAAACUGCUCUUGUGGGGGGGGAGAGGAUAAAAUAUUUGGCCUAUGGAAGCUGGUUUGGUCACUAAUUGGUGCCUUACCUUGUCUUGAGGAGUCUGUGUUGCAUUUAUGGGGGGACAUUCCUAUCUAAGUUUCUGGGUUGGUUUUUUAAAAAUAUCAUUUGCGCAA